GGAAACCCAAUGAACAUCCCCCCUUUCGUUCUCCCUUAGCCUCUCUCUCUCAGACGCAUCCAUACUUACUGGUGCUGACCCUACAGCUGGUGGGAUGCUGAGCUUUCUGAGGGGAGCUGUGCAGCCGGUGACUGUCAGCAGGGCAAGGGAUAUUGUCCAGAAACGCAACUCCAGCAUCUACAGCAAACCACCCAAAAACAAGAUCGGACCUGGGCAAAGUUUGUUCACCAUGUCUGUGUUUGCCGUUGCCCUCAUGGCCCCCGCCGGGUGGAUUCUGCACCACAUCCCAGAAUAUCGUCAGAGAGCAAAACCACCACCAUACUGAAGAACGCACACCUUCGUCAUGGUCAACUCACCGGGUGUCGUGUACCACUGACAGACCUGGCUGCCUCUAAUGCAUUAUUCACCCUCAUAGAGAACAAUUUAGAUCUUUAAAACCUAACACCAUGAGCAACAUCAAAAGCAAUAAAAUAAUAAUAAAAUAGAUAAUAAACUAAUACUAAUUAAAUGAACAAUACAUUAAUAAAAUUAUCCAAUAAUAAAAGUGUCCAAUUGUUUAUGGGAGGGAAAAAUUGGCCAAAUUUGAAUCUAAUAAGAACUUCAAUAUCACGGUGUUUAAUGCCUUAGGACUGUGGCCCUUAUUAUAUUACUGUAUGCUAUCUCCUAUAAUAAAGUUGAUUUUUAUUCCA